ACAGACCGACUGGAUCAACUCGGUGACUGGCUCCAAGCGCACCAUCCGGCUGGCUCUUUUCAUUUAUUUUUUGUGUUUUCGCAAUAAUGUCUGCUGUUGAAUAAAGAAUAAAAAACAGAAGUCAAAAGCUGUCCUGCCCGCUGGAGAGCUAUGAACAGGGAUAAGGUGCAGGUUGGCGACUCCGUCGCGCCUCUGGCGCCCGGUGUGAUCGUGGUCGCUUCGCAGGACGCUAUGGAUGAGAAGCGGCUCUCUGUCGGUGAAUUGCCUGUGUUUUCUUGCGCCGGUGCCGCGUUACCGGUCGAGAGUCGAGACACCUCACCGAGGCGCGAACCUGCGCCCGCGGGCGCGCCUCCUACCAUACACCGGACCACCUCGUUCUCAGUUCUGGACAUUUUGGACCCCAAUAAAUUUACUAGUAAGAGGCAGCCGUCUAAUAGGACAGGGUCUGAGUUCGCGUUUGGUGCUGAAAACAGAGGAAGCGAAGACUCCAGUCAUACAGCCGAUCACAAAUCUUAUCCAGAAGACUACGAGUGUAAAAAAGCAUCCAUUUUAAAGGAUGGGUUCGUGUUCCGAUCAGAUGAAUGUGAGGAUGAUUUCUCUCGUGGGAAUCAAUCUGACAGCGAGCUUCAGGAUGAUUUGUGCAGUGAGGAAAGCGGCGCACUGACCGGACACAACGAUGCCGAGUUUGGACACGAGGAUGAGGAUUCAAUAAACAAAAGCCCAGAAGGACAGCAGACUCAACAGUCCAAUUCAAAUGGCCAAAGUCAUCCGAAUAAACCGAAACGGAAGCGCUCCGGUUCGGACUCAAAGUCCGGCAAGCCCAGAAGAGCCCGGACUGCCUUCACAUAUGAGCAGCUGGUGGCUCUGGAGAACAAAUUCAAGUCGACCCGCUACCUAUCCGUGUGCGAGCGACUUAAUCUGGCUCUGUCCUUGAGCCUGACAGAGACCCAGGUGAAAAUAUGGUUUCAGAACCGUCGGACCAAGUGGAAGAAACAGAAUCCUGGCGCGGACACGAGCGCACCGACCAGCGGGAGCGGCGGGGGUCCGAAUGGCCCAAGCAACGGUUUGGGGAGCCUGAGUCCCCUCAGCCCGUCUCCUCCUAUGAGCCAUUUGUCCAUGCACACCGGCUAUCCGGGUCACACGCCCGGAGGACUCGUUUGCGCCACCCAGUUACCCUUUCUACCGGGUCACGCGGUUCUGUCACCCUUUAUGCUGGGCUCUCAGACUUACGGAGCGCCAACAUUUUACGCGCCGCACUUAUAACCACAGACAUACACAAAUGUUCUUCUAUAAAGGAGAAAAGAAACUCUGUCCGGUCCUAUAGGGCACAGAAAUACGUGUAACACGAAGCACUAUGGGGUUGCAAAGACAUUUCAUAGGUUUGUCUUAAAAAGUUAACAUUUAUUUCAACCUUGCUCCAGUGUGGCAAGCCCUGUGGAAAUUUUGUUUACGAAUAAUUUCAUCUCCUGUUUGGCAGUAUGAUCACGUGCCAAUAUUACAUUUCAUUUAAGUUUGCUUCAUUUAGAAAAAAAUGUGUAUAUUUCUCUAGGUCAAAAUGUAAAUAUUCAGUUAUUAUGAAUACUUGUUUAGACAUUAACUGAAUGCAAAUACAAUUGUUGUAGGGAAUAAAACGGAUUAUGCAU